UUUGCAUUUAUCCCCUGUGUUUGGCACUGUGACCUUUUCCGCAAUUCAUGAUGGCCGACCUUGAGAAGUCAAAGGAUGAGCUCCAAGGGGAGCAGGUUGACAUCGACCAUGUCGAGCUCAAACCGAACUCCGAUCUCAUGAGAGAGGCCUUCGAUGGUGAGAAUCGGGAGCAUGAAUUGGGUGUGUGGGAGGCCGCCAAGCUGCAUCCAUGGGCGUGCUUGUGGGCGUUCACCAUGUGCUUCACUAUUGUCAUGGAGAGUUUCGACAUGUUCCUCAAUAGCAGUUUCGUCGCUCUCGACUACUUCAAGGAGACAUACGGUGUUGCUGUGGUGGGGUCGACUGAGAAGGCCAUCCCGACACGGUGGCAGAGUGCCCUUUUCCAGGCCGGUCAAUGUGGUGCCUUUGUCGGCGUCUUUCUGGCAGGUCCGAUCACGAACCGUGUGGGUUAUCGUUGGACCACCAUAAUCGGUCUGAUCCUGAUGAACGCGACCAUCUUCAUCUCCUUCUUCGCCAAAUCGCUCGCUGUCCUGACUGUGGGUCAAGCGUUGGAAGGUGUUCCCUGGGGAUUCUUCAUCGCCAACUCCCCCGCCUAUGCCAGUGAGGUUGUUCCUCUCUCCCUCCGAGGUGCCUGUACCGCGACUCUGCAGAUGUCCUGGUCUAUUGGAUCGAUCGUUGUUUCGGGUGUCACCUACGCCUACAGCAAGCAGCAAAGUGACUGGGCCUGGCGAGCGCCCCUAGCCCUGCAGUGGCUCUUUCCUACUCCGCUCCUGAUCCUCAUCUUCCUCGCUCCCGAGUCACCUUGGUGGUUGAUCCGUCGCGGACGCAGGGAGGAGGCUCUCCGGUCGAUCAAGCGCCUCGGCAAGGAGAACGAAGACGAAGCCCACCAGGCGCUGGCCAUGAUGGAACGAACGGUCAAGAUCGAGCGGGAGCAGGGCGGCAACCCGACCCUUCUUGACCUCCUCAAGGGGACGGAUCUCCGACGUACCACUAUCACGUGUUUGGUCUAUGCGUCGCAGAACUUCGCGGGUAACCUGAUUGCCAACCAGGCGACCUUUUUCUUCGAGCAGGCCGGCUUCUCGUCCGAUCGUGCGUUCCAGCUCGGCCUGGUCAACUCCUGUCUCCAGUUCGUCGCCAACGGGCUGUCGUGGUUCGUAUCCACCUACUUCGGCCGUCGCACCGUCUACCUCUGGGGCACCGCGACGAACAUCGUCCUGCUCAUGAUCCUGGGCGUCGUCGCCUCGAUCGAACAGAAUAACUCCACCAACAUUGCCCAGGCCUCGCUGGCGAUCCUCAUCUCCUUCAUCUUCGCCGGCACCCUCGGCCCGAUCUCCUACACCAUCAUCUCCGAGACCUCGUCCAUCCGCCUCCGCGCGCUGAGCACCGCGGUGGGGCGCGCCGCCUACUACGUUGCGGAGAUCCCGAUGAUCUACCUCGCCUCGAAGAUGCUGAACACGACCGGGUGGAAUCUGGCGGGCAAGUGCGGCUACGUCUGGGGCGGUACCGCCUGUGUGUGCUGGAUCAUGGCCUACUUCUUCCUGCCGGAGAUGAAGCACCGCUCGUACCGUGAGACUGAUAUCCUGUUCAACCGGAAGACGCCGGCCCGGAAGUUCAAGUCGACUGUGAUUGCGGUCGAUGAGAAUGAGUAAGCGGUUGCACGCCCGAUGUGCUUGUGCUUGUGAAUGUUUGAAUGUUAUUUUGUGUUUGGGUGAUACCAGUGAUGUGCUAGUGAUUAAUCGAUGACGGAUUGAAUUCCAU